AUGAAGAACCUUCAUUUCCUCUUGUUGCUUCUUUCUGCACAACUUCAAUCAACAAACAAGCAGCAAUACGCAUCACAAAACACACAAGGAGCAAUCGUAUCGGCGAAAUUGAAGAAUAGAAGAAAAAAGGGAAGGGUGAAACACCUGUCAAGCCUAAGCUCGUCAGAAAACUCCCUUUCCCUGCCGCGGCACAACCCUCAGGUCUUCAAUCAAGUUCGCCUUGCAUUUUUUCUUGCUCGAUUGCACAUGCUCUGUCUUUUUGGAUCUACGCUCCCUCCAUCAGAGUUCGAAUUCGUGAGUUUCUUUUAG